AUGAAUUAUGAUAAAAAAGUUUAUCGUGGAAAAGGAGGAAAUCCAAUACGUCGAUCACCAUUUAAAGAUAAUUCACUUGAUUUAUAUAAUUCAGUUAUGGGUGAAUCAAUGAAAUAUAGUGCAAAUAGUUUACAAUAUCGUGAAUUUAUUUUAUAUGAAUCCGGUCAAGCAUAUCCAGAAUACGUUAUUCAAUAUAAAAGAUCAGCUAUAAAUGCACAUCCUCCUUCUGAUACAAAAAAUAUGAAUAAUAGAUGCCGAUUCUUUAUACAAAAUCGGUUUAAUUUAAGAAAUGAAUAG